AUGGACAUAGAACCGGACAAAAGCCACCCCUCGGUGCACCUCCCCUUUAAUGUCCAGCGUUUGGAUCCCGAUGACGUGGUCGGGGGAGGGGUGAGGGUGGAGAAGAAGAAGAAGAAGAAGAAGAAGAAGAAGAAGAAGAAGAAGAAGAAGAAGAAGAAGAAGAAGAAGAAGAAGAAGAAGAAGAAGAAGAAGAAGAAGAAGAAGAAGAAGAAGAAGAAGAAGAAGAAGAAGAAGAAGAAGAAGAAGAAGAAGAAGAAGAAGAAGAAGAAGAAGGGUUGUUUUGAUGGUUGCUAA